CGCGGUCUGAUUAGACAGAAGUGGCUCCGUCCUCUGCGCAGACACUCCGUGUUUGUCUGCGAGCGCAGCUGAACGCUCCCGUCUGCACACCGGACCGGACCCGACCGGACUGCCUUCCCAUCUCCCCUGUCCGGAUUGUUCCAUUGUAUGAGCGGGGGGGACGGUGGCGCGCGCGCAGGGGCAUGGAGAAGCACAAAGUGCUGGACCAGCUCCUGAUGGAGUUGCACCGCUUCUUGCUCGUCCUGGACCGGGAGAACCUGAGUGGAAAUGCCACCACCCAGAAGCGUUUGUUGGCUGAGCUGCUGCAGACCUACAGAAACUUAAAUGGUGCAGACGAGGAGUACAUCUAUAUGAAUAAAGUUCUUGUUGACAAAGAUGAAACCUCCGAUCUGCAGGUCAACGGAAAAGCGGCGAAACAUGUUCCCGUCCCGCAGAAGUGCCUUCCUGACCUGCCGCCCCCCAGAGUUGGCAUGGUGAGCCGGGAGCCGUUCCCUUUGCCUGCAAUUCCAUCUCCAGCCACCGGAGAGAGUUACUAUGAAGAGGCUCAGCCCUAUGAAGAAACUGCAAUGGAUGACGGAGAGGCGGUCAGCAGUUCAUACGAGUCGUACGACGAGGAGGAGGUGACUCGAGGGAAGUCGGCUCAGCACCAGUGGCCGUCGUCGGAGGCGUCCAUCGAGCUGAUGAAGGACGCUCGCAUCUGCGCCUUCCUGUGGAGGAAGAAGUGGCUCGGCCAGUGGGCCAAGCAGCUGUGCGUCAUCAAAGAGCAUCGGCUGCUGUGCUACAAGAGCUCCAAGGAGCAGACCCCCCUGCUGGACGUGAGUCUGCUGGGCUGCAGCGUGAUCUACAAAGAGAAGCAGCUGAAACGGAAAGAGCACAAACUGAAGAUCAUUCCGGUGGGAGGGGAGGCCAUCGUGCUAGGCCUGCAGAGCAAAGAACAGGCAGAACAGUGGCUGAAGGUUAUUCAAGAAAUCAGUCCCAAACCAGCAGAGAUCUGGGAUCCCAAUCAGUUCUCAUCCGAUUCUUCAAGGCUUAUUUGCACUAAGGGAGAGCUGAGUGAGAGACACUCGCUGGCCUCGGAGAGCGGCAGCAGCAACGACGGCCACCCGGACACUCCGGAAAACAAAGAUGUGAAGAAAAAAUCCGGAGCAGGUUUGAUGUUCAGCAACUUGAGGAACAUCGGGAAGAAGAAGAACGCCUCGCUCGAGAGUCCUGAGAAAAUCAUUGAGACCUCAGGCUACCUGAACGUGCUGGUGAACAGUCAGUGGCGGACCUGCUGGUGUCUGAUCAAGAACAGGCAGCUGUGGUGCUACCAGGAUAAAGGGAAAAACAAACUGAGCCAGCCGGCAGUCCCCCUGGAGGGCUGCAGCGUCCUGCCCGACCCCAACCCCGAGCACCUCUACUCCUUCAGGAUCGACAUGGACGGCACACAGCUGGCAACCCUGGAGGCAAAGACAUCAGCAGAUAUGGGUCACUGGCUGGGCCUCCUGCUAUCUCAGACGGGGACUAAAACGGAACCAGAAGACCUGACGUACGACUAUGUGAACUCGGAGAGGAUCUCCAGCAUCGUAAAUGCUGCAAAGACGUCCCUAUACUUGAUGCUAAGGAGGUAUUCGGAGCCCAACACCUACAUAGACACAAUACCUUCCAUUUCGCAGAACUCCGACGAGCUUUACGAUGACGUGGCCUCCUUAGCCGAUCCCGAGGAUUCCAAGGACAAUUCGCCAAACUUCGACGACGACAACCUCCAGGAGUCCGGGGAGGCGUGCCGAAAGGAAGCAGAGGACGACGACAGAAUCUACAUCGAUCUCCUCCCUGUGCGCUCCUUCCUGCACACACCCAGUGGAGCCAAACAAAUCCCAGCCAAGGAACCCUCGAGCAACUCACCUGUCCCCGCGGACAACCUGCCAGACUCCUCCUGCCAGAUCAAAGAGACGGACCUUCUUGAACCAAGCUCAAACGGGUCAAGUUCAACUUCUGCCCCCAACAAACUCGAACCAAACCGGCUGCAGUUCAUCACCUCCCCACAGAAUCAAACUCAGCCAGGCAGGAACUUCCCUCCAAGCCAGGAAACCUCCAAGAAAAGCAGCCUGGAAAUCCCGAAGGCCUUUACCUCCUCCGUGGUGGAGAUCCAUAAAGUUCCUCCGUUCCCUCACAGCCCUCAACCUGCACGGCCAAAGGCUCAUACUAUAGGGAGUCCCUGCACCUUUGAGGUCAAACUUGGUAAGAAUCGCACCGAGGCCGACAUGCGGCGGUACACGGAUGAGCGGGACCGCUUGGAAAAGGAGCGGGAGGAGGUGAAGAGCUGCCUGGCGAAGCUGAAAAAGGAGAGGAGGGAGGCGAAAGAAGAACUCGCUGCUUGUCAAGAUCCUAAGGAGCAGGCAGUGCUGGAGGCCCGAGUGAAGGAGAAGGAGGUGGCGUGUCGGGAGGCGGAGAGCCGCAGGGUGGAGGUGGAGCUUCGGCUGGUGGAGGUGAAGGAAAGCUUGAAGAAAGUGGAGGCGGGGCCUUUCACACUGGGAACCACGUUGGACAGCAGCCUUCAGGAACCCCCGACAGCGAAAUUCACAACUUCGGAAAACGUGAACCUGACAAAGACAUCCACCACGCCCACUCCUCAAGCAGCAUCAUCACCACCAUCAUCAUCCUCCCUCUUCGUCAGCGCCGCCAGCCCGACUUCUCCGGUGAACUCGGCCUCCGCUCUCAAAAACAGGCCAACCUCCAUCGUGGCGCCGAAGGGAAACGUCUUGCAGAAAGCAAAGGAAUGGGAGAAAAAAUCCACCAACUAAGUGAACCUCGAGACUCCUCACCACAUCCAUGCUGUACAGUUAAAUUAUCUCCUCACAGACUCUGACCCAUCUCUCCACACAGGCUUAAAAAAACAUUUUUUCCACUGGAUAUUCUUCACUUUUUGUGCUGCUUUGCAAAAAAAAAAAA